AUGGACGAUAACAAUUGGAGAAAUUCUAUUGUUGAGUAUUUAAAUAAUCUCAGCAUCCCAAUCGAUAGAAAGGUAAAAUUGCAAGCAACAAAUUUUGUCUUGAUGGCUGAUGAGUUGUAUAAGAAGGAAGUCGAUAGAAGUUUGUCGAGAUGCCUAAGUCAAAAUGAUAAAUACAUUGCUUUGGACAAAGUCCAUAAAGGGAUAUGUGGUGCUCAUCAAGCUGGGAAGAAGAUGAAAUGGUGGGUUGAAGCAAUUCCUUUAAUAGAGGUUGGACAAAAUGAAAUAAUAGAUUUUAUUGAGGAACAUAUAAUCCAUCGAUUUGGAAUUCCUCAAACUUUGAGUACUGAUCAAGGGACUAUAUUCACUGGUCAUCGAAUCAAGAAGUUUGCAGCCUCGAGGAACAUCCAUAUGGUUACUUCAACCCCCUAUUAUGCACAGGCCAAUGGGCAAGUUGAGGCAGCAAAUAAAAUCCUGAUAAGUUUGAUUAAAGAACAGAUUGGGAAUAGACCUUGA